UGCGCGGCGGUGCGGGUGGUUCGGCGCUGACGGCGGCCCUGGCCGCCAUCCUGGGCGUGUCCAUGGUGUGGGGCCAGGACUACGAGGCGUCGUCCAGCGCCACCCACACUCUGGUCGGGGACUUCUUCUCCGCGAGGGAAGUCCCGUUCGUGCUCCUCUUCCCCUGUUCGCAUCGCGAGGCCGUGCUGCUGGUGAGAGCCCUGCAGUCCGGCACCAGGCCGGUCCGGGGCGGCGUCGGACGCGUCCAGGACGGCGCCGAGGGGCUGGCCGAGUCGGGAGGGCCCGCCAGGACGGGGAUAUACGUCAACCUGGCGUGCGAGGAGGGCCAGCUCGCGGUGCAAAGGAAAAUUGCAGGAUCGGUGACCUGGCUGGCCCUGGGAUCCACCGAACCGGAGCUGGACCUCGCCGUGGACUCCGACUUCACCCUCGCCAGCGAGCUCGCGGGCGGCGAGGUCGAGCUGCGUAGCCUGUUCAAGGCAGGCGACGAGUGCCCGCCGCGCUCCCUGGUCGUGGGCCGGUGGCGGCCGGACGACGGGCUGCGGCUCUCGCCCCGGGGCCGCGAGGGCCGCGACCGCGCCGCUACCCUCCGCGGUGACCUCUGCGGCGCCGUCCUCCCGGCGGCGGUCGUGCUCCACCAGAUUGCGGUGGGCGAUGACCAGGCCGCCCUGCGUCGCGCCCUGGUGGACCACACCAACACCCACAUGGACACGGAGACGCGCUUUGGCUUCGCGCUCGCCACCCACCUCGCCGAGAUGUACAACUUCACGUUGCGACUCCUGGUGACGCCAUCCUGGGGCUACCCCCGGGGCAACGGCACCUUCGACGGCAUGAUCGGCAUGCUGCAGCGCGGGGAGAUCGACCUGGGCGUCACACCCGCCGUCAUCACCAAGGAGAGGCUGGCCGUCGCCGACUUCACCGUGCAGACGUGGACGCUGCGGUAAAGUACGAGACGAGGCGCCGUCGAGAGGCUGGGGUAGGCAACGUGCCUCGCCCCGCUGCUCAACG